AUGCCGUUCAUUCUGGCUGGGGACUUCAACCUGGAGCCUGAGGUGUUAGAUUAUAGUUUCCUGUGCUUGUUCCUGCUGGGCCCCGUCAAGCACCUGAUGAGCAUCGGUGGGACCGCGCUCGUGACUCGGCAGAUCGUGCGAGCAGCUAGGAAGUUGCAGGCCUCGCCCUUGGUCCAGUCUGGCUACAUGGCGCAGUUCUGCGUCAUGCUGGACUACGUGCAGCACUGUGAUAUGUGCUACUCUUUUGCCCAGGUGCUGUCUGCUAUGGCUAAUGAUCAAGCUUUAUCUCUGACUCGUGCGGCCGCGUUGCACAAGACGGCCGGGUGGGAGCAAUGGGUCAGAAAGCACUCGGUCAACGGACUGUGCAGUGAGCAGUUGUCGGUCGAGCAGACCAUCCUUCCAGGCUGCCUGUAUGCCACUUGCCUUUUGCAGCUGAUGCUCAUAGGUGUGCUUCUGAAGGCUGAGCUGCACAGAGUCGACAUGAUCAUAGCGCUUGACAAGUCACGUGUGCUAGCGAAUUCGCCCGAGCUGCAAGCCGAGCUACAGCGACGAUUGGUCAGUGUACGCGCACUUGCAGUGCAUUCGGAACGCAAUCUUGGAGUUGAUUUUUCGGCAGCUCGCGCUACCCGUCGGCGGACCCGGGCUGCCAGGAUCCCCGUGGCCAAGGCCAAGUUGAAAAGGCUAAGGCAUCUACAAGGGGCUAGUGCUAGGAAGAAGACGUUGCAGCACAUGGCGCGCGCGGCUAUCGAGACCACGGUCACGUUUGGCACGAGCGUUCAGGGCACGAGCAUGACUGAGCUUGACACGCUGCGCACGCUUGCUGCUGCUGCUUUGGAUUCUCGUUCGUCUGGGCGUUCACGCACUAUGGCACUCCUGCUCACGCCGUCCCCUCGCAUGGAUCCCAUUUAUCGGGCCACCUUGGAGCCCGUCAAGGCCUUCAUGCACGUCCUCUGGAGGGACCUCAUGCCGCAGCGCACCCUGGAGAAAGGUAUUGCCGCUGCUGCUGCCAGGCUGGGUCCCCACAGUUCUCCAUGGCAAGCCAUCAAGGGGCCCUUCUCCGCGCUCUGGGCGUCGCUGCAUAGAGUUGGCGUUGAUUGUAGUAAUCUUCGUGGGUGGAUCUUCCCGAAUGGCCAGGUUGUCAACCCCUUGGAGCUCUGCCCUAGGUCCGUCGAGGCCCUUGUCGAGCGAGCUGUCGUGUCGUGGCAGAUGCAGAAGAUCUCCCAGCACUUCGAGGCUCCAGAGUUCCUGGAAGGCAUCUGGAUCGAACCCUUGCGCUCGCUGUGUUUCUCGCGGUUGCUCACGGCCUCCGAGGGGGCCUACCUGCGUUCUGUGGCCAUAGGUGGUCAGUGGCCGCAAGCACGACAGCAUGCGCAGGGUUGGGUCGAGUCUCCCGAGUGCCUCAUCUGUCAUGAUGGUGACGGCACUCUUGCACAUAGGCAUGCGCGCUGCUCGUGCAUUGAGGAGCUGGGCACUCCUGUUCCCGAGCGAGUUGCACUGUUGUCUGCGCAGGCCUUUCACAACAAGCUAGUUGAGAUCUUCCUUGAGCGCGGAGUUCUCGGUAAGCCUCGAGUUCCUCCUGACUUGUUGCAGUGGCCGCUGCAGCCAUACUAUCGGUGGGAAGGUAACCCUGUGAAUCUAACUGGUGACGUCUUUGUGGACGGGUCGCUCUAUGAAGAUCUCCCCACGUACCCAGUUGCAGGCUUCUCGUGUGUCUCCCUCAAGCCCAAUGGCGAUGUAGUUGCCACUGUUCUCACUGGCGUGCUGCCAGGACCGCAUCAAGAUAUUGAUGGUGCGGAGUUGUACGCGUUAUAUGCUGUGCUGUUGCACGCUACGCCGCCAGUGAUUGUCCACUCCGACUCGUCGUUCGUCGUGAAAGGGGUCAAUCUAUGGGGCAGGGAGCACACUACUGCUGCGGGCUUUUCUUGGGCUCAUCUCUGGAGGCUCGUCUGGGACAAGCUCGACGACUGGGGGGACGGGGUCCAGGUCAUUAAGGUCAAGUCCCACGUCACCCAGAAGGCUGUCUUGGAAGGUGUCCAGUCCUAUCGGCAUACCUUUGGGAACAAGUGUGCAGAUGAAGAGGCCAAAGUUCGUGCUCAUGAUCGCAGGCCGGCCCUCCAGUUUCAGAAGCUGACCGCUCAGCAUCAGAAGUUCGCGCGAGGCCUCGGUGUGUGGAUCGCGCAGGUUGGUGCGGUCAUGGCCGAGACAGAUUGCUUGCAUCGAGUGAAGAGGGGCUUCAGAAACCGCGUCUUGCUCAAGGUGCGUCCUGAACUCCUGGAUCUGCUGCCAGAACUCGAGCCGCUGGUGAUGGGUGGUGAACCAGUCCUGCAGUUCCUCCUUAGACAUGCCGACAAGGUUAGGAGGCUCUGGGACAGCAACUCCUGGACCUCCUGCCUGACCUGCGCCGUCAGGCACACUAGCAGGCGCAGGUGCUCUAUGUGGGCGAGCCGCAGGAGCACGUCCAUCAUCGACAUACAUAGCUUCAGCGCCGCCUGGCUCGCGAUGCCCAGGGCCAGCAGCACCAGCGCCUGGGGCAGCAAUGCCACGCGCAUCAGCUGCAACGCGUCGUUCACGCACACGGAUGUCAUGUUCAGCUUGCUCAUCAGCCAGUACUUGCCGUCGCAAUUCCGCAGGGUCGAAAGUGUCCAUCUCCUCGUAAGCAGCACGAUGGGCAGCUGCGGCUUGCUCCAACUGCCCAACAGCUUCUGCGUGAACAGCCUCAGCCUUGGCCAAGGUUCCCUUAUGGCGGCCGCCGGGGGCGAGGGCGCCGAGUGGAGCUUGCCGCUGUCGCCCGUCGUGAAGCGACUGCAGGAGCACGCCGACCGAGCGGCGUCCACCUGGUCCCUCAUCCCGUACCAGCCAGACGCCGGUGAGGCCAGCCGCGGCAACGGCCCCGACGCCGCCGCCGCCGACGCGCCUGGCGGCGGCGCGGCGGCUGGGCUGAGGCAGACCGAUCUCUUCCGGCUCUCGUCGGGCGCCGGCGGCGGCCACAGCUGCGGCGUGGCCCUGGAGGCCGUGCGCGCCCUGUUCUCCGGGAUCCCGCCCCAGCCCAGCCGCAUGGGGCGCUCCUUCGAGUGGCGGUGCGGGGCGUACCGGAUCCUGCUCGGCUGCGACCUGGUGGUGCUGAAGAGCGACGGCUGGAGCAGCGACCUCUCCGACUGCACGUCCUUCAAGGUGCUGCCUCCCGGCGGUGGCCCCGAGCCCUCGCUGGACGACAGGCUGGACGUUUACCUGGAGAAUAUCAUGUGCCACAUCCCGAAGGUCGCCUGGGGCUGCCACAAUCCAGGCGGGGCCCUCAAGUGGCGGGUCUUCGACACGAACGACCUGCCGGCGGCCUCGACGGCCUCGGAGGGCGGCUUCGACGCCGAGCUGCUGCAGGACCAGGGGCAUCGGCUGCUUCACUUCCUGCGGCAGCGCUGCCACCGGGAGGGCGGCACCUACUGGCUGUUCCGGGAGCAGAACUCGUCCUCCGCCGAGCUGUUCGACCUCACCACCCUGGCCGACCUGCCGGUGGACCACUCGCACUCGCGGGCCUUCCGCACCACGCCGUCGCUGGCGUCCCCGAUCGCCUCGCUCUGCUUCCGCCUCGCGAAGGGCACGCCGAGCACCGCCGACCAGCGGCAGCUGCUGCAGAAGUGCCUGCACCUGCUGGAGCCCUCGCGCGAGGAGCACGCUGCGCUCUACGCGGCCGCCGCGCUGCAGCUGGCGUGCUCGUACAUGCGCUCGCCCACGGCCGCGCUCGCCGACGAGGCCUGCUCGCCGUCGACGCCUCCGCCGAAGGAGCCGCCCGCGGCUGCGAGGCCUGGCGGCGCGCGGCAGGGGCUCGGGGAUGGCACGAGCAGGGAAGGGCGUGCUUUUGUUUGAUCGAUUUCGG